CUUUGAGGCAUUUCUUAGGUAACCGUUUAUAAGAUAGUUUAUAUAGCGGUAUUCCUAGAAACUGGAGCUUCUUACUGGCUGCUGCAGACUCUUCACUCUCAGUGAUCUCUUCGUCAAUCUCUGUCUCCGUUUCUUCAUCAGUCGGCUUCUCUCCACGUCUCAUAUCUUACAGAGAAAAGACUUAAUUUAUUUACCACAAUAAGCAUAGAUAAAUUUGAUACAUAUUUUUAAUUAACAAAACAAUGCAUUGAUAUGUACUUUUGAACAUUAUAAUAAUUUAAUUUCUAUAGUGAUAGAAGUUUUUGUGGCCGACUGUGAGUGACAUAAAAAAAUAAGUGAAUUAUCAAGUGAAGUUUGCCUCAGCUUUGUUCGAUCAAAAGAAAACGUGAUGCUGCAUUUAAGUGAAUUAAUUCAAACGUGGAAGAAGAGAAAGGAAAAAGAGUAUCUCUGGCAGAUAAUUUGCUGGAACUCAUUAAUGCAACAACUAACUUUCCUCUUUUGCCUACAAACAGCCAUUAAACUCCGUUAGCUUAUUUAGUCACACUACCUUCAAUCUGACACGGUAGUCGAAGUUUUAGAUUGUUUGUUCUCAAACUGCUCGUGACUUUUCUGUUCAAUUACACAGCAAUCAAUUAAUGAUUAAACUCAUUAAUCUCUGACAGUCAAGCAAUUUAAUUGCAACGACAGUUUUAUCAUAAAAUUCAUUCAAAAUAAAUGACCAUUUAACCAAAGUCUUUUUGCUAUAUAUCAAAUUAUAUCUUCACAGUAAAAUAAAAAUAAUAAUUCUUCUAAUUUGAUUCAAUUAUCUAAUAAUUCAGUCAUACUCCAGCUUCCGCUUUUCGGUACUCUCUAAAAAAAUGAACCCUAUGCUUGGUAUACACUCUUGGACGUUCGUGACAAAUGAUCAGACCAUUUAGUAAAGCUUAUCGUACCAUUAUUUAACAUCACUACUUAUAUAUGUGUUAGUUGCAUUGCCUAUUUACGCUUAGUUCACUGUGAGUCUACUAAUAAUGUAAUUGCACCUGUCGUUGCAUUUAAUUUUGUGAAUUUUUUUUUUAAUCAAGUUCGACACUACAUUAGGAAUACUUCAUAAUCUCAUGAGUCAUCUCAAUUAAAAAAGGAGACGGCCGCGAAGCAACUGUGGAACUGGUCAACGGUAGAUAGUGGCCACGAAGAAAACGACGUAAUUCUCCUUUUGCCUGCUAACACGCGAAGCAGUCUAGACUUUGUACGAACGUACACAAGCGACAUAAGGUCAUGGCUGUGAAAGAGUGGUUUAGGCGACUACAGCCAGUUCAACUUUACCUCGUGCUUUUCUUCACAACAACCUUCUUCAUCAUCGAAAUAAUUGCAAGUCAUGUGACACACUCUCUUACCCUACUACUCAAUGCUUAUCACAUGCUCUGUAACAUCGUUGCACUUGUCGGAUGCAUCGCUUCUUUAAAGUACGGCAAUCAAGAUAGGUGUAAGGGUGAAAAAAAUUGCGGUUCACCAGGUAAUUCAUCAAUCUGUGUAAAUGAUAAUGAAAAGGGAUCUAUAUCUUCAAUACCAAAUAAUUCUAAGCAUUCAUGCUCAGAUAGAAGAAUGAAAAAUACCUUUGGCUGGGCGAGAAUUGACAUCGUGACAAUGCUGGUAUGUUGUGUCUUGCUAGCAUCGUUUUGUUUUUCUUUAUUGGUUGAAGCUUUACAAACUCUCAUUCACAUUGGUCACCUCGAUGAAAUGCAUCAUCCAGUACCGGUUAUGUGCAUUGGAGUAUCAGGGAUACUUCUAAAUGCUUUUUGUUACAUCAUCAUCGGUGGCUACACCUUCAAUCAGGGCCUCCUUCUGCAUGUUACAAAAGAUGGAAAUGUUAUUCUUCAAAGAAAUGUCCCGACUAGUAAUGAAACAACUGAUGAGCAACGUUUAGCUGUGCCGACAAGAAGAAGUCCUCUGGCAAUACCAAGAAGACAAGGCUUCCAAGAGAUGUGUCGAGAUGUACUUGGAUGUAUUUUUGUUGUAAUAGUUUCCUUACUGGUUUAUCUAACAGACGCCAAUCUUGCGAAAUUUAUUGAUCCAAUUUUUGCCAUUAUUUCAUCAAUUUCACUUUUUGUCUUAAGCUAUCCUUAUGUUAGAGAAUCGGGUAUGAUUCUUUUACAAACCAUUCCAAAUCAUAUCAAUAUCGACUCUCUAAAAAAAGAACUACUCGCCGCAUUUCCUGGAAUCGUCAAUGUCCAUGAUUUUCAUGUUUGGCAGCUGGCCGGAGAACAAAUAAUCUCGACAGUUCAUAUAAUAUUUUUGGAUCCAAUGGUCUACGCAAGUAUUACAGAUCAGGUGACAACAUUCUUUAUGGAGAUGGGUAUUAUGCAUGUGACGAUCCAACCAGAAUUCCAUAAAAUAAAGCCAAAUGCAGAUGAAACAGACUGUUUAAUUAGAUGUCAAGGAAUACAAUGCAUUGCAUCACAAUGUUGUUCAAAGGAUGAAUUUCUUAAAGAGGUAAUUUUGGAAAAGACAGGGAAACAAGCUCAUAUUGUAAAUAAAAAAUUUGUAAAAAAAGAAAUUAUACCUACACAAAUUGACGUGAAUUUAAAGAAAUUUAAAAUUCACAAAAAUGAUGAUAGUACAAAAUCAAUGGCUGUGGAAAUUUCUAAGACGCCGAUAAAGAAAGUUCCAGAUAUAAAACCUCACUCAAAUAAUUGCUCAGAAAAUAGUACAAAAAAUACAGAAGUUGAUAUAAAUUGUCAUACUGAUGCAAAUAAUGAAAUUACCGAUAAUGAAACUCCUAUAUCAGCAGCAUAGUAUUUUAAUUAAUCGAUAGAUUAUGCAAUAGAAAUAUUUUCACGUUCUUCAACAAAUGUAUCCAUAAUAAGACUGGUUUUUAGUAUUAAUUAGAUAUCCAAAAUAUGUAUAUA